ACAUUUACAGUUUGACUACCAGAGCCCUACUGCCCUGGAGCGGCACAGGGGGCAAAGCAACAGAGGAACUAAUGAGAGUGGAGGGAGAAGGCCAAAAACACAAGGUUAUGAAUGCUGAGGAUGGUUAAUCACAGUCAGAUCACUGAAGAGAUUUAACAGCACACUCACCCAGAGUGUUCUUACAGCUUAGUGCUUCAUUUAGAACACCAGUGAGACACCAUCAUGUCUCUUCCACUGGACCUGAGCUCCUUCCACAGGGACGCUUCGCUGGACACUCUGGAGAAGCAGCUCAUCUGCCCCAUCUGCCUGGAGGUGUUCACCAAACCAGUGGUCAUUCUGCCCUGCCUGCACAAUCUCUGCCGGAAAUGCGCCAGCGAGCUCUACAGGCCAUCUCUGUUCCAGGUUGGGAUUGGAGGUCGCUUUCGCUGUCCAUCCUGCCGACACGAAGUUGUUCUGGACCGUCAUGGUGUUUAUGGACUCCAGCGGAACUUACUAGUGGAAAAUAUCAUUGAUGUCUACAAGCAAGAGUGUGCAAGCUCUAGGCCUCCAGCAAAACCACUGGGGCAAAUAAUCUGUGAGGAGCAUGAAGGAGAAAAGCUCAACAUUUACUGCAUCACAUGUCAGGUGCCCACCUGUUCGCUCUGUAAAGUUUUUGGGGCACACAGCACCUGUCAAGUAGCUCCUCUACCUGAGGUUUAUCAGCAGCAGAAGGCUGAACUCAGUGAUGGGAUUGGUUCUCUGGUUGCCACCAAUGAGCGCAUCCAGGCUUGCAUAAAUGACCUAGAGGAGAUCUGUAGGAAUAUUGAGGAGAGCGGCAGAAACCAGAAGCAGACACUGUGUGAGAAGUUUGAUCGAAUGUGUGCCAUCUUGGAAGAGAGGCGUAAGAUCAUGGUACAGCAAAUCACGUAUGAGCAGGAUGAAAAGACUGGCUGGGCCCGAAGCCUGAUCCAAACCUACAGCGAACAUGUUGACACCAACUCAAAGUUGGUGCAGACAGCCUUGAAUGCCAUGGAAGAGUCCGAGAUGGCUGCAUUUCUGCAGGCCUCAAAAAGCCUAAUUGAAAAGGUCAGUGAGGCAACCAACUGUGCCCCAACGGAGACCUUAGUGCCUGGAUAUGAAAACAUGGAUCACUAUAAGGUUGAUUUCAAUGCCGAGGAGAGGGCACUCUACCAGCUGGAUUUCCUCCAACCUGAAGAAGAGAUUGAAGAGAUUCCAGAGGAACCAGAAGCAGAAUCAGACCCUGAGCUAGAGCCAGAGCCAGAGUAUGAAGUAGAGCCUGAGCCAGAGCACAGUCCGGUACAGAGUCCUGUGCCAGAACAGGAUCUGAAGCCAGAAAGCUUGGAGAUAAAGGCAGUUGAGUCUGAGAUAAGAGAGGAAACCCAAGUACAAACAGAAACAAAAAAAGACAUCCUUUGUGAGAAAAACGGGCUGAGCACCACACAGGCCCAGCCAGAGUUAGAGUGUAAGGAACAAGAUGCAGGUGGUUUGGGGAACCAGAGCUUGCUUGUUCAAGCAGAUGAAGAAACCAAACUCUAUCCAAGCUGGUACAGGCCCAACAGCCAAAUGCUUAGCUCAAACCUAGCACUGCCUCAAGAUGCCCUGCAGGCUCCUGACCGUUCACCCCAACCAGUAAAGGAAGCCCCAGUUCAAUGCCCUUUCCAGCAGUCACAAACACCUCUGUCCAUGUGGAUGAGUGGCAGCCUCAUGCCUGUGUUCACUGAGAAACAUGAAAACCCUGAAAGGGCUCAGUUUGGGAGGGACUCUGUGGAUAGUCCCCAUGGGCAUUUGGCAGAGGUUAAGGACAUUUCUGAUUCUACCAGCAAGGAUAGGGUGACUUCAUUGUCUCUGCAGGCCAUCACCCUUGUCUUUUACGUCCUGACCUUUCUGGUCAUCCUCCAGAGGGUAUGGGGGAACAUUCAGUGCUUCCUAGGCACAUAGCACUGCGGGGAAGUUCAGCUUUCAGACUGCAGCUGCAGAGAGCCCAGCGGUGGGGCCCGGCUCUCCUACUGUCACGAGUGAGUCGACUCGUCUCAGCUUCUCCUUCUCCUGGCUUAACCCUCUUGCCAAGAAGAAGUGAUCACUCCAAUCAGUGAGAGGCUGUGGGGCCCAGGAGCCAUUUUGGUCUAUAGCGGCCUAUAAAGCAGGCCAUGGGUUUUACCUUAGGGUGAACAAAACAAUGUCCAAAGGCCUCGGCCAACAGUCCUGUUAUAAUUUGAUCAAAUGCCAGCACCAGCUAUUAGUAAAUAAUGGUGAAGUCUUAAAUUAUGCAUUUCUGUUUGUUUUUGGGGGGUUUUUUGGAUUAAAAUUCAACCACAGCUUCAGCCUGAGGCCAAAACUUCACAUACCUUGUAUUGGUAGUUCUGAAAUGAUUUAGCUGUUUUUGCAGUUUGAAAACAG